AUGAUCAAACGACAUACUUCAAAAACUCUUUUCACCCAUAUUUGCGACAAUCUCCCGCCUAGAUAUGCUGAAAAAAUUGGAGCUCACACCAUUUUUAGGACUAUCGGUCCCAAGUGGCAAACACUUUUGAUAACACCCGAAUUGUCUGAAGCCAUCCGCCCACUUACAACUCAAAUGGGUAUCUUCAAUGAGUUUGAAUUGGAGAGUAUGUCGCUUUGGAAACACGCGGGUAAAUCAUUUAGUACACCUUCAAGACAUAUUGGAAAUAGUCGAAUUGAAUUUAACCAGAACGGCACCACCACUUUUGGCGAAAUUAUUCACAUCUUGCGUGUAAAAUCACAAACAGACCCUAUAUUUGUGAUCCGACCUUUCUCACGACUCACACCAUUAGACGAGAUGAAAAGUCCGUACUACUCACAUCCAUACCUAAAGGCCAGGGUCAUGUACCACCAACCUCAACCACUCCUUGCAAUAACACUCGAGGAUCUUUUUGGCCACAGCGCUGUUGUGGAAAAUCCACCUGGAACAUUAGGUAUAUCACUACCUACUGUUAAGAUCUGUUCUUUGUUUAUGCUGAACUCAACCUUCGAUACUGAGACUGCCAUAUCUUUGUGA